AGAAAGAGAAGGAGGAAAUGAUGGAAGUAAGAGAUGGUGUGGCUCAUUCCUCCACCAUCCCUUCAAUUUUUGCACCCACACCACUGCCGUUGGCGGUGCUUAUUACCGGUGUCACCACCACUGGUGGCUACCGGGUUUCCCUCUCUCCCUCUCAAAUUUAUUUUCUCUUUUAUUUUUGUUUUUGUUCCAGUUUUAAUUAUUUUGAUGACUAGAGCUGUAUGAUUUUGUUUGGGUUUGAAAAAUGGGGGGUUUUGGUAUGAGUCUGUUUUAUUGUGUAAAUACAUGUCAUUUUGUGUGUGGGUUAUUGAGUGAGUGAAAUUUGUGUUCUUGAGAGUGCUUAAAUUAGUGUAAACACAUGGAGCAGUUGAGUGCAGAUCUUAAAAUCUGGGUAUGUAAAGGGCUUAAUAUGACAGCCAGCUUUUAAGGUAAUUGAUGAGUGCAGAAGAACUUAUCAGGACGAGUGUUAUAGAGUACCUUCAGUCUCUUUUCUCUCUGCUCUCAAAAACCAGUGAAAUAGAUGGCAGACAAUGAGAAGUUAUGGCCCGAUGAAACAGAGAAAGAUUUCAUUCAUUUUAUGUUAAAGGAAGCAGUUGAUGGGAACGCUUCUUUCCAAUGGGAUACUGUCACAACAAAGUUUAACGAGAUAUACGAAAAAAGCUAUACCCAAAACCAAAUAAAUGGAAAAUAUAUUCGGCUUAGAAAGAGAUACGUUGCGUUUACCUAUCUAAUUGGUUGUGAUUAUAUCAGUUAUGAUGCCCGUACCAACAGCUUUAAAGGAUCUAAGGACGCGUGGGCAAGAGCAAAGAGGGUACACAGUAAGUGCAUUGACUUCAAAUGCAAGGGACUGAAGCACUACAGGUUGCUGGGGCAGCUCUUCCAAGCAGCUGCACAAACACCCUCUGCCCGACAGGUGAAUGCAGCUAAUGUGGAUCAGGACGAGCAAGGCAGCGACCCCAAGGGGAAGCGACCGGCCCGCUCCGACACUAACCCCUCCUCCUCUGGGACGAAGAGGAAGGCAGUGUCCCAAAAAACUGUAGAAUCUGAUGAUCUCUACUCAUUGGCAAGGGCCACGAAUGUUUUGGAGAGUCUUCAUUUUGAUAAUGACACCCUGUUCAUGAGCCUUACCAGACUAGAAGAUGACGCAAAGAGGCUAAUUUUCAUGGCCUUGAGGGAGGACAAACGACGGGACUAUAUCAAAUUUCUGCAUCGUACUCAAUAGGGGAGUUGGAUGUAUUGUUUUGCUAAUUUCUUCCCAAGGGAUCUGUUGAAGCAGCUACCUUAUGCUAGGACAUAACUAAACAAGGAUAUAACUAAAGCCUGGAAUCCUAGUUGUGCUUCUAUCUAGAAAUAUUAAGCAAUAUUUGAAUCUCUUCUUGCUGUAUUCGUGCUGGCAUUUGUGUAAUUGUCUAUUUUGCUAUUUGGAUAUAUGUUUCACUUGUCUGAACCACUAUGACACUAUUAAGGUCAGUCAGUCUUUUUGUUUCGACUUUGUA